AAAAAGAAGAAAAUUAGUUAAUAUAUUAUGAAAAUAAAAGAAAAAUAAAAAACGAAGUAAAGUUGGGGCGCGGUAAAAGAAGAUGGAUGGGAUCCAGUGCAGCGUGGGGACAAACAAGAGAAGAAGGCUCCUCCAGUCCACUCAUUACACGUGUCUACUUUCUCUCUCCCCUUUAUUCCAUUGCGGUCUCCUCUCUCUCUCUCUCUUCCUCUCUUUUCUCUCAUUCUCUACUUCUUCUUCUUCCUUCUGCUUUCCCAUGUCUGGUCUGCUGACUCUUUGCUAAUUUUAGCUACCUCCAAAUUCCUAUCUCUACAUAAAUUAUCUUCUGCCAUCCUUCCUCUUUCUUUCUUUCUCCACCCCAAAUUGCUCCUCCAUCACCACCACCAGAACCACCGUCGUCACCUCCGCCGCCGUGGACUGUUGCCCUCUUCUUCGUUCCCCCGCCCCCGGCGCGUCGCCUCUCCCUGCAGCGGUAAGUCCCCCCUCUUCAUCUCCCUUUCUGUUUGUCUUCCUUUCUUGUUCCCAAAUCAGCUCCUCAUUUCAAUUUAACCAAUUGGGUUUUUGUUACUCUCUGGCUUCCCGAUCUCAUUUUGUUUUGGGGGGUUGGUAUUCCGGAGCUCGAGAUCCUCGUAGCCCAAUUGCUCGUUUCUGUCGCGUCUUUUGUGGGGUUGUUUUUAUGGCGGGGCUGCUUCCUUGUUCUUCUCCUUUUGUUUUGCCCUCCCACGUUGACUUCGUUAAUUUGGUUUUGCUGUCUCUCUCUGUUUUUUUUUCCUUGAAAGAAAAGGAGUGCGUUUGUGGUAGUAGCGGUAUUCCUGAUGGCCAUGGAUAAUCCUGGGAUUUGAUUCAAUUUGCUGCAUCUCUCCCAAUGAUGGAGAAAUUAAUCAUCUUUCUUAAUUGAUUUGUGCUUACAUUCAGUGCUGAUGCUCAUUAAAUUUGGAAAGGAUCUUCGGUUUGAGCUGGCGGGCUGCUUCGGAUUUCCUACCAGUCUCUGUUUUCCCCCUUUUAAUUUGUUAGAACAUGACCGUUAGUAAUUCCAGUGGCAAAUGAUGGGUGAAUCUGGUAUUCUGUCGUGAAAGAUGUUUCAUUUUCUGCAAUCCGAUCGAUUCGUCGAUAAGGGUCGAUUUGUGUGAAUAGAGAAUAACGAAAAGUUGCCUUCUUUGUCCUGCUAUAUUUGUAUGGAGGGAUGAUGCUUCGUCUCUUACGUUAUCCAUGGCCAUCCUGAAAUUUCCCCGCUUUUUUCCUCCUGGGUUCUUUGAUCUAUUUGAUGGGCAUCCAAAUGUGCCACAGAUUGUAACUCUUGUAGGCGUUCUGUGUUGGGUUCCAUGUUUCUAAAACUCUUGUUCAUUUUUUCAGACACCAUUGUGGCACGCCUUCGUAUUAUUGUCUUCUCAUGGAGGAUGUAAAAGUGGCUCAAGUUACACCUCCUGCGCCUGCAGAAUCAUCGCCAUCAUCCCAGAAUAAUGGACAUUCUAGUGGAGAAGAAGCAUUAUUGGGCUCUCUUGCUAAUGGGAAAACAGAAAACAGUAGCGAGAAGCCUGGAGAAUCAGGUGUACAAGAUGUUCCACCAACCCAGGUUGUUGCUCAAGAUCCACUUCUUGAAGCUCCAAACUUGGGAGUCAAUCAAGCAUCCAAGUCAACGUCAAGUUCAUUGAUGGAUGAAUUGGGUACUAGUUCUCCAUCUGAUGUAGUUGGAAGUGCCUCCAAUGGUCCCGAUGCUCGAUUGGAUAAUGAAGCCACCCAAAAUCCCUCAAAUGUUUCUGAACUAAUUGGGGAUUCCGCUCCGGCUUCGAAAGAUGCAGAUACAACUAGUUCCUCUCAGCAUCCCCUUAUUCAGAUAGAUGAUUCUACUUCACAGGCAGUUCCUACUUCUACCGUUCGUCAGAAUUCUGAAGUUUCUGCUCCAGCCAUUGGUGGUCCUCUUGUUCAAGUAGAUGAGAUUUUUCCACUCCAAAGUUCCUCAGAUGCCGAGAAAGCUGGUAAUCCUGAUUCAGCCGGUGAACCGCCUCUGAUGGAUGACAUUGUACAACCCCCUUCUGCUCGCAAGGCACUGAUAGAUUCUCAGGAGAAUAAGGAGGUGGAGCAGAAUGCUUCUGCUGAUCAGGCAUCUGACACUACUUUAGUGGGCAGUCAAGUAGAUGAUAGUACUGUCCCAGAUCCUACUUCCUCUCCCGUGCCUAAGGUGCAACAAUCCAAUAACUUUGCUCUGCCUCAGGUAAAAACCAGUCUGAACUCUGGUUCUGGUCUACCUGAUUCACCGCUAGUCAGGAUGAUAAAUCCAGCCUCCAGGACACCUAAGUCCAGCGAUUCUGGUAAACCCUCCAAGCAGGUGGACUUGAAUAGGGGCCUCAUUGACACAAGAGCACCUUUUGAAUCUGUUAAACAAGCUGUUUCGAAGUUUGGGGGAAUAGUUGAUUGGAAAGCACAUAGAAUGCAGACUGUAGAGAGACGCAAGCUUGUAGAGCAAGAACUAGAUAAGUUGCAGGACGAAAUGCCCGAGUACAGAAAGAUGUCAGAAGCUGCAGAUGAGGCCAAAAUAAAAGUUAUCAAAGAACUCGAUAGUGCAAAGAGACUGAUCGAGGAGCUCAAGCUCAACCUCGAGAGGGCACAAACCGAAGAGCAUCAAGCGAAACAAGAUUCCGAACUCGCCAAGCUUCGAGUUGAAGAGUUGGAACAAGGAAUUGCUGAUGAGGCCAGCGUUGCAGCCAAGGCACAGCUCGAGGUUGCUAAAUCGAGACACGCAGCAGCAGUUUCAGAACUGAAGUCUGUCAAUGAGGAGUUGGAAGCUUUACGUAAAGAAUACGCUUCUCUGCUUAGCGAGAAAGAUGAUGCCAUAAAGAAAGCUGAAGAGGCUGUGUCUGCAUCCAAGGAAGUUGAGAAGACAGUUGAGGAGCUGACGAUUGAGUUAAUAGCAACGAAGGAAUCUCUGGAAUCUGCACAUGCUGCCCAUAUGGAGGCAGAAGAACAUAGAAUAGGAGCAGCCAUGGCAAAGGAGCAGGAUGCUCUUUACUGGGAGAAGGAGCUGAAACAGGCAGAGGAAGAGCUCCAGAGGCUUAACCAACAGAUUCUUUCAGCUAAAGAUCUCAAAUCAAAGCUCGACGCUGCUUCUGCUUUGCUGGUCGAUCUGAAGGCUGAAUUGGCAGCUUACAUGGAGUCAAAGUUAAAAGAUGAAAAUACUGAAGAAGGAAGUACACCACAUGAGGGGCCAGAGAAGAGAAAUCACACAGAUAUUCAAGCAGCAGUGGCUUCAGCGAAGAAGGAACUCGAAGAAGUGAAGCUCAACAUCGAGAAGGCAAAUGCUGAAGUGAAUUGCUUAAAGGUGGCUGCUGCCUCGUUGCAAUUGGAACUCGAGAAGGAAAAAUCGUCCCUCACCACGAUCGGGCAAAGAGAAGGAAUGGCAUCAGUUGCAGUCGCUUCUCUUGAAGCAGAGAUGGACAAGACUAGGACGGAGAUUGCGGUGGUUCAAUCCAAGGAGAGAGAAGCACGAGAGAAAAUGGUGGAAAUGCCUAAGCAACUGCAGCAAGCUGCACACGCAGCUGAUGAGGCAAAAUUACUCGCUCAGCUGGCUUGCGAGGAUCUUCGUAAGGCAAAAGAAGAUGCUGAACAAGCCAAAGCUGGGGCAGGUACAAUGGAGAGCAGAUUGCUUGCAGCUCAAAGGGAGAUUGAAGCUGCAAGGGCUUCUGAAAAGCUAGCAUUGGAUGCUAUAAGAGCGUUGCAGGAGAGCGAAGCAGCAGCACAAACUGGGAACGAUGCUGAUUCCACGAAUGGGGUAACACUUUCUCUUGAGGAGUACUAUGAGCUCAGCAAACAAGCUCAUGAAGCAGAAGAGCAAGCUAAUGAAAGGGUGGCAACAGCUAUUGCACAGAUCGAGUUAGCCAAGGAUUCCGAGUCAAAGACUGCAAAGAAGCUGGAAGAGGUGAACCAAGAGCUGGCUGCUAGAAAGGAAUCUCUGAAAGUUGCGAUGGAUAAAGCCGAGAAGGCUAAAGAAGGGAAGUUGGGUGCUGAGCAGGAACUGAGGAAAUGGAGGUCUGACCACGAGCAAAGACGAAAGGCUGGUGAAUCCGCGGCUGCUCCUGGGGUCCCAAACAGUAAUAAAAGCCCAAGAGGGAGCUUCGAAGGGGGCAAAGAAGCAAAGCUUGCUGCUGAGUUCUCACAAGACGGCUCAGCAACCCAAUUACCAAUGAGCCCCAAGGUGUAUUCACAGGGAAGUAGUAACACUGAUUCUGAACCCUCGCCAGAUGUUAAAGCAACUAAGAAAAAGAAGAGAUCAAUGUUCCCUCGUUUCCUGAUGUUCCUGGCUAGGAGAAAGUCGAGUUCCUCCAAGACGCAGACAGGUUGAUUUUUGCUCCAUGGGAACCGGAAUAUGCUUGCCUAGUUGCCUGCCCCCAUUGCUGUCUGUUGUGAUAUCAAAUGCAUAUAGUCAUUCAUCUCUGGUUCUUUUACUUCGACUACUUAUAGUUGUGGAGAUCACACAGGUAAAAAGUUUUCUUACUCUUUUGAAUGUAAAUGUGAAAUGUUUACUCGUGUAUGAUUAUAUACUUGGAUUAUAUACUUGAAGCAGAAUGAAAGAGAAGGGGGAGGGAUUGUAUUGUUGAGUUUGGCUGCUGGCUUUGGAGGAAGAUAAUAAUAAUAAUGCAGCUGUAGUAGUCCUUUGAUUUGAUGAGGAACCACAAUAAUAUUGUGGGUUCUCAGUGCGUUGUAUAGGGAUGAAUUGAGGGAACAAAUCUUUUGUAAAGUU